GGGCUGAGCCUCCCCACUGAGCGCCCCAUGUCCCCUCCCCGGGGGCGGCUGGGUCUCAGGCCGGGACUCCAUGUCCCAGGCGCGCCCUGCGCCGCUCUCCCGCCCCCACCCCUUGGAUGGGGGGAGGGGCCCCUUGUGCCCCAGCUGCGCGGCCCCCCCGGCGGCCUGGCCCCUCCCCCGGGGCUGCAGCCGAGAGACCUUCCCGGCGCCGCCGAGUCAAGGGCGGACACCGCGAUCCAGCCCCGGCGGCGGAGCGCCCGAUGGAGCCCCUCCAGCAGUGGGGUGAAGAGGUGGAGGACGGGGCCAUCUACAGCGUCACCCUGCAGCGGGUGAGGGCGGAGCCUGCGGCCCACGGGGGACCCUGCCCGCUGGCCGGAGCCAGCCCCCCCUGCCCCUUCGUGCAGUACCGCACCUGCAAGCUGCGCCGGCUGCGCGCCGGGACCCUGCCCCAGCUGGUGAGAGGCCUGGUCUCGGCCAGUGCAGAGAGCGACCCUGGCUACCUCCCCAGCUUCCUGGCCACCUACCGCGCCUUCGCCACCCCCGGCCGCGUGCUGGAGCUGCUGCUGCCGCUGGGCCCCGACAGCGCUGUGCUGCAGGUGCUGGAGCUCUGGCUGCGUGAUCACCCUGAGGAUUUCCGGGAGCCCCCCCAGCACCCCAGCCUGCGCCAGCUCCAUGGCUACCUGCGCCAGGCGGUCCCGGGCUCAGAGGGGUGUGCGCGGGCCGAAGGGCUACUGCAGAGCUUCCAGGAGGAGCCGGGAGAUGAACAGGCGGAGCCUGAGAGCUGUGAAUCCCCUGGGGAUGGUCCGCUGGUGUUGGGGGGCGAGGGGGGGCCAGAGGGCUGCGGGGAGUCCCCCGAUCUCCUGUCGUUCAGUGUGGAGGAAGUGGCCGAGCAGCUGACGCUAAUGGACAUAGAGCUGUUCAUGCAGGUGCGGCCCUUCCACUGCCUGGGCUGCGUGUGGUCGCAGCGGGACCGCGAGGGGGCAGCGCCCAGCGUCCGCGCCACCGUGGCCCAGUUCAACGCCGUCACCAGCUGCGUCGUCGCCUCGGUGCUGGGUGACGUGCAGCUCCGUGCGCCGCAGAGAGCCCGGCUGCUGGAGAAGUGGGUGGCCAUCGCCCAGCACUGCUGCGUUCUGCGUAACUUCUCCUCCCUGCGAGCCGUGAUCUCCGCCCUGCAGUCCAGCCCCGUGCACCGGCUCAAGAGGACCUGGGCUGCCGUCAGCCGGGACACCAUGGGCAUCUUCCGGAAGCUCUCGCAGAUCUUCUCCGAUGACAAGAAUCACCUGAGCUGCCGGGAAAUCCUGCUGCAGGGAGAUGCUGCCCAGGGCGUCCCCGAGGGAGCCCCCAGCCCCCGCGUCGCCCGCAAAGCGACUCAGAAACUGAAUCCCCCAGAGAAGCCAGUGGCGCCCCCCCCGGGCACUGUCCCGUACCUUGGCACCUUCCUGACGGAUCUGGUGAUGCUGGACACGGCGCUGCCGGAUUUCCUGGAGGGUGGGCUCAUCAACUUUGAAAAGAGGCGGAAGGAGGCCGAGAUCCUGCUGCGGAUCCAGCAGCUGCAGGCGUCGUGCCGGGGCUACGCCCUGCGCCCCAACCCCCCCGUGCUGGCCGCCUUCCAGCGCCACGGCCGGCUCGCCGAGGAGCAGAGCUACCGGGUCUCGUGGCUCAUUGAGCCCCCAGCCGACUCCUGCCCCAACUCACCCCGCGUCAAACGCAGCCUCAGCAAACGCUUCAGCUCGCUCCUGCUGGGGGCCGAGGCCCUGCCCCCCCGUCUGCCCUCCGCCAAGGGCAGCAUCUCGCCCGCGGGCACCGGCAGCAGCUGCGAAGCCGAUGAGGGGCCCAGUGCCCCCUGCUCCCCGGAGAUGGGGGGGCCCCUUGGCAAGAGCCUGCUGGAGCUGCCGGUGAGCACCUGCCCCCCCGAGGAGCCGCCCUCCCCCCUCGCCCGCCGCCCCGGCUCGCCCCUGUACAACCAGCAGGGGGCGGACUCGUGCAUCGUGCGGGUCAGCAUGGACAAUGCCCACGGCAACCUCUACAGGAGCAUCCUGCUGACCAGCCAGGACAAGACCCCGGCCGUGGUGCUGCGCGGCCUCCAGAAACACGGCCUGGACGGGACCCCGCCCGGAGCCUUCCAGCUCCUGCAGCUGCUGGGGGGCGGCAGAGAGCUGCUGAUCCCUGACGGGGCCAACGCCUUCUACGCCAUGAAUCCAGCCGCCAACUUCGACUUCGUCCUGCGCCGGAAGGGCCCCCCCAGCCCCCGCCUCCCCCGACCCACCACUGCCCACAAAACCCCCCCUCCCCUCCCCCCCAGCCCAGCCCUAACCACGGAGCCCCCACUCCCCUCCCCCCAAGGGCCCUUUUCGCCCCUAGCACCCUGCAGGCCGGGCACCCCCCCACGCUCCCCCCUCUCCUCCCUCCCAGCCCCUAGCACCUCCCCCCGGCAGCCUCCCCCGGCCUCUCCCCCCUGA